UACUUCAUACAAGUGAAUUCCAGCAAUAUUCUUGACGGCUCUCCUUAAUUUUGAGGCUGUAAUCGUCACUGCGCACCAAUCCUCCCCUUGCACUUCACUCAGUUCGAUAGAAAGCGAUCCAUCUUCGUUGGCAAUCAAACGGAAGCAAGUAGCGUUCGACAAGCAAUCCCUCGCAUCUUUCUUUCCUCGCAGCUCGGUCGCUAUUUCUUCGCUGGAUGCUGUAUACGUUAAAAGCGUACAGGUUUGAAUUGCUGUUUUGGUGGCGUUUAAUUGUAAUUAUUCCUUAAGAGUUUGGAUUGGGCAUGGGGACUGAGGGCUUGCUCUUGGUCCCCUGCAAUUGAAUUCCAAAGAAUUUUGAGUUUCUUAGUUUGAGACAAUGAGCAUUGGACUUCAUAACCCAUUUCUUGGGGUUCCUCUUAAGUUCACUGAUUUAGGAGUAAGAGAUAAGGGAGGGUCCAUUUACACUAGAGGAGUAAAGCUGAAAUCCUCAAAAAGGGGUUCAAAAUUUCUCUCAUGUAAAUGUGGUAAGAGACAUGAAUGGAUCUCACAUGGUAACAAACUUGUGCAUUAUUGUGGGGAAGGUGCUCAGCUUCUGUUGAAGAAGCUGGAAUUGAAGAGGGGUUUGGUGAUCAAUUCUGUGAGCAAGUCCAUUGUCCAAAGCAGAAGUUUGGUUAAGUUUGUUAACCCAAUAUGGGAAGAAGGGCUAUUUCUAUUCAGGUGUACUGUAUUUUUCUCUGUGAUAUCUGGAGUGUGUUUAUUGGUGUGGUAUGGCAAGUCGAAAGCAAAGAUUUAUAUUGAAACAAAUGUAUUGCCUUCUGUUUGUUGUCUACUGAGUGAGCGCAUUCAGAGAGAACUUGAUUUUGGCAAAGUUCAGAGAAUUUCGCCUUUAAGCAUUACUUUGGAGUCAUGCUCAUUUGGACCGCACAGUGAAGAAUUUUCUUGUGGGGAGGCACCGGUUAUCAAACUGCAGAUUCGUCCAUUUGCAAGUCUGAGAAGGGGAAAACUUGUAGUUGAUGCUGUCUUGUCUAAUCCUAAGUUAUUGGUGGUUCAAAAGAAGGAUUUCACUUGGUUGGGUAUACCAUACUCCGAAGGCAUGGUCCCGAGGCACUUGUCUGCAGAAGAAGGAAUUGAUGUUCGUACUAGAACUAGGAGAAUUGCAAGAGAGGAGGCUGCCAAGCGCUGGGAGAGGGAAAGAGAUGAAGCGGCUGGAGUAUCUGCAGAAAGGGGUUAUGUCACUUCGGAGUGCAGUCGUGUUUCACCUGAAGAGGAUAAUUUGAAGAAGAGUGUGAGUCUGCCCCCAAGGUUAGGGGCUCGUGAACCAUACCUAUUUAUGGACGAUAAAAUGAGGUGGAGAGAUCAUCAUUGCAUGGAUGCUGGAGCAGAGUAUGAUUUGAAGCAUGCUGAUUUAGAGAGAUCAUUUGGUGAAAAAAUUUCAUCUCAGGGGACUAGCUUCUGGUCGAGAGUUAUGCCAGCAGCUAUGAGGCGCAAGUUAAAAAGGAAGGCUAAUGGAAAAGAUUUAUCAAUGUUAGAUAUUGCUUGUAAAAGAAGACUUCUAGAGCGAAGUUCAUCUGCAGCUCGUUUAUAUUUCCAAGGACAAUCACAAGGGAUGUCCAGAAACUCUUCUAUGGGAUCAGCAGGUCAUGAAGUUCUAAAUAUGGAUAUUUCUCCAACAGUAACUAAUGCUGAAGCAGCUGCCUCAGAUUCUACCAUGGCUAAUCCUGAAGGUACGGGAUAUAAAUCUCUGGAUCUGAAGGAUGAGCAUAAUGUUGAUAAUAGAGUUGAAGUGAUCAAUGUCAAUAAUGAAAAUCUGAGAAUACAAUCUGGAAACCAUAUGGAUAAUUCAGGCGAUUCCAUUUCUUGUCCUCUGGAUGUGGUUAAUAGAUCUUCAAAUUCAAAUGAGAAAACAUCAUCAGUCAACAGUGUCAAAGAAAUGACAGGCACUGACAGUUUGACAACUAAGAAGCAUCUGGAAGGUGAUGCUGGCAUGAAUAUGGCUGUGAGAAAAGGAGUUCACAGGUUGGAUAUGGAUUUCAAAGGUGAUCAGGAUAUUUUAGAUCAUCAAGCCUCUUGUAGUUCCAGCCCUAUAGAGGUUGAGCCUUCAAGCUCAGUGAACCAUUUCGAUCGCUCUUUUUAUUGGAAGUCUCUAUCUGGUUUAUCCUUAUUUAAAAAUUUUAACGAUACAUGGUCCCAUUCAUUUGUCAAUCCUUUGCAAAGGCUGAAGUCUGUAGUUGGUGUUGGAGUUGAGGAUAUAUCCUCAGAACUAAUUGAUGAGAUUGGUGAAGAAACUACUUCAAGUUUAGAGAAAAUGGUUCCUGUUGUCCUUGAUUCGGUACAAUUUAAAGGUGGUACACUAAUGCUGCUUGCAUAUGGUGAUGCAGAUCCUAGACAAAUGGAAAUUGCUAGUGGACAUGUUAAGUUUCAAAACAACUAUGGACGUGUGUAUGUUCAACUUAGUGGGAACUGCAAGAUGUGGAGAUCUGAUUUUAGCUCUGAGGAUGGAGGGUGGUUGUCUACCGACGUUUAUGUUGAUGUUGUUGAGCAACAGUGGCAUGCAAACUUGAAAAUAGCUAAUCUCUUUGUUCCGCUAUUUGAAAGGAUUUUAGAGCUUCCAAUUACAUGGUCUAAAGGCCGAGCAAGUGGCGAGGUUCACAUAUGUAUGUCCAAAGGAGAAACGUUUCCAAAUCUUCAUGGGCAACUAGAUGUAACAGGGCUGGCCUUUCACAUAUAUGAUGCUCCAUCAUGGUUUUCUGAUAUGUCUGGAACUCUGUUUCUUCGUGCCCAGCGAAUAUUUCUGCACAAUGCCAGGGGAUUUUUUGGUGAUGUUCCUGUAGAAGCAUCUGGAGAUUUUGGCAUCCAUCCAGUGGAAGGAGAAUAUCACCUUAUGUGUCAGGUACCAUCGGUGGAAGUUAAUGCUUUGAUGAAAACAUUCAAAAUGAAGCCUUUGUUGUUUCCGUUGGCAGGAUCAAUAACAUCUGUCUUCAAUUGUCAAGGUCCUUUAGAUGCUCCUGUUUUUGUUGGUAGUGCAUUGCUCUCAAGGAAACUCGUACAUUUGCCUCCUGAUAGUCCUCAAUCUGCUGCAUAUGAGGCCAUGAUGAGCAGUAAAGAAGCUGGUGCGGUUGCAGCCAUUGAUCAUGUUCCACUUUCAUAUGUUUCUGCGAACUUUACUUUUAACACUGAUAAUUGUGUAGCUGAUUUGUACGGAAUUAGAGUUACACCUGUUGAUGGUGGCGAAAUUCGUGGAGCUGGCAAUGCUUGGAUUUGUCCUGAGGGGGAGGUUGAUGAAACAGCUAUGGAUAUUAACUUUUCUGGAAACUUAUGCUUCGAUAAAAUUAUGCAUCGCUAUAUACCUGGUUAUCUGCAAACAGUCCCAUAUCAAUUUGGUGAUCUGAAUGGAGAAACAAAAGUUUCUGGCUCUUUGUUAAAGCCGAGAUUUGAUAUCAAAUGGACUGCACCAAAAGCUGAGGGAUCACUUUCUGAUGCGCGUGGAGAUGUCAUAAUUGCACAUGAUCACAUGUCCAUCAAUUCCUCAUCUGCUGCAUUUGACUUGUACACAAAAAUUUUAACGACUUAUCAUGAUGGAAACUGGUUAGACUGGAAAGAGACUGGUAAAGUGGUAACCAUGCCUUUCUCAGUGGAGGGAGUUGAAUUGGAUUUACGAAUGCGCAACUUUGAAUUUUUCAACGUUGUUUCUUCCUAUGCAUUUGAUUCUCCAAGGCCUGUAAAUUUGAAAGCAACGGGCAAAAUUAAGUUUCAAGGGAAGGUUAACAAAAAGUCCUCCAGCAUGGAUGAUCGAACUUUACAAUCAGAUGAGAAUUUAGAAUGCCCAGUGGAAGUAAUUGAAGACGAAAAGUGUAUAUCCGGUGAUAUUUCCAUCUCAGGUCUGAAACUCAAUCAAUUGAUGCUGGCUCCUAACUUAGCUGGAGCAUUGAGCAUGACAUCUAAGAGUAUCAAGUUGCAUGCUACUGGCCGGCCAGACGAAAGUCUUGAAAUAGAAUUUGUUGGACCGUUGCAAUCAACUUCAGAAGAAAAUCUAUCUGGCAAAUUACUGUCAUUUGCCUUGCAGAAAGGUCACCUGAAAGCUAAUGCAAGUUAUCGACCACUACAUUCAGCAAACUUGGAGGUACGCCAUUUGCCACUUGAUGAACUCGAGCUAGCUUCACUACGUGGGGCAAUUUCAAGGGCAGAACUUCAGUUAAACUUUCAAAAAAGAAGGGGUCAUGGUGUUCUAUCUGUGCUCCGACCAAAAUUUAGUGGUGUUUUGGGUGAAGCUCUAGAUUUAGCUGCCAGAUGGAGUGGGGAUGUGAUCACGGUUGAAAGAGCAGUCUUGGAACAAAGCAAUAGUAAAUAUGAAUUGCAAGGGGAAUAUGUCUUACCGGGCUCCCGUGAUCGAAGCACUAUUGAAAAGGAAAAAGGCAGCUUAUUUCAGAAAGUAAUGACCGGUCAUCUUGGGAGCAUGAUUUCUUCGAUGGGUAGAUGGAGAAUGAGACUAGAGGUGCCUAAUGCUGAGAUUGCGGAGAUGCUUCCACUUGCUAGGCUGCUUUCUCGAAGUUCUGAUCCUGCUGUUCAAUCAAGAUCAAAGGAUCUUUUUGUGAGAAGUUUGCAGUCAGUUGGAUUGUGUGCUGAAAACAUCCAAAAACUUCUCGAGGAAAUUCGAGGCCAUUGUCCCACAUCAGAAGAAGUCGUUCUUGAUGAUUUUGAUCUUCCAGGUUUGGCAGAACUUAAAGGUCAUUGGCGUGGCUCUUUAGAUGCAAGUGGAGGCGGCAAUGGUGAUACUACGGCAGAGUUCGACUUUCAUGGAGAGGAAUGGGAGUGGGGAACAUAUACAACCCAGCGAAUUCUAGCAGCUGGUAUGUACAGCAACACUGAUGGUUUGCGUCUCGAGAAAAUGUUCAUCCAAAGGGAUAAUGCCACAAUCCAUGCAGACGGGACACUGCUAGGUCCAAAGACGAAUUUGCAUUUUGCUGUUCUAAAUUUCCCUGUCAGUUUGGUUCCCACUCUGGUUCAGGUCAUCGAAAACUCAGCCACUGAAGCUGUUCAUUCUCUUCGGCAAUUAUUAGCUCCUAUUAGAGGCAUCCUGCACAUGGAAGGCGAUCUUAAAGGAAAUCUAGCAAAACCAGAAUGUGAUGUUCAAGUAAGGCUUCUAGAUGGCGCAAUCGGAGGAAUUGAACUUGGGAGGGCCGAAGUUGUUGCUUCUCUAACCCCUAACAGCCGUUUCUUAUUUAAUGCAAACUUUGAACCGAUCGUGCAAAAUGGCCAUGUACAUAUUCAAGGAAGCAUUCCCCUGAUACUUGUACAGAACAGUAACUCGGAGGAAGAAAGCAUCGAAAGGGAUAGGAAUGAAUCUACAUGGGUUCGGGGUUGGGAUACAGAAAGAAAUAAAGCAUCUGUGGAUGAGCAUAACGAUAAAAAGGGCCCCAGAGAAAAAAAUCAAGAGGUUUGGGAUACACAAAUGGCCGAAAGCCUCAAGGGUUUGAACUGGAACAUUUUAGAUGCCGGAGAUGUUCGAAUUGACGCCGAUAUUAAAGAUGGCGGCAUGAUGUUGCUAACAGCACUAUCUCCAUACGCUAACUGGCUCCAUGGCAAUGCCGAAAUUCUGCUUCAGGUAAGGGGUUCUGUUGAACAACCAGUUGUCGACGGAUCGGCCCAUUUUCACAGGGCAGCCGUGUCCUCGCCUGUACUCAGGACGCCAAUAACCAAUCUUGGAGGAACUGUUCUUGUAAAUUCGAAUCGAUUGCGCAUUGGCUCAUUGGAGGGAAGAGUAAGCCGAAAGGGUAAACUAUCGGUAAGAGGGAAUCUCCCUCUCCGGGCCAGUGAAGCAUCUCCCGGCGACAAACUCAACCUGAAAUGUGAGGUUCUUGAAGUUCGAGCGAGGAAUGUUUUGAGUGGUCAGGUUGAUACUCAAUUGCAAAUAACGGGAUCUAUUAUGCAACCGAAUAUCUCCGGAAAAAUAAAGAUCAGCCAAGGGGAAGCUUACCUGCCUCACGACAAGGGCAGUGGAGCCGUCGCCUUUAAUAAGGUGAGGACAGCUGAACAAAGAUUGGCAGCUGGUGGUUAUGGUCAUAUGGUUGCGUCGAAGUACGUUUCACGUUUUCUCAACCUUAUCCCGGCCUCGUCGAAUAGCUCGUUCAGCCAGUCAUCCGGUGAUCGAAAUGAAGCUAAGGAGAUGGCGGUGGUAAGUAGUAAUCCUCGUUUCGACAUUCGCCUGACGGACUUGAGGAUUGCACUUGGACCCGAACUCAGAAUAGUUUAUCCUUUGAUACUAAAUUUUGCCGUUAGCGGCGAGCUCGAAUUGAAUGGCCCCGCUCACCCGAAAUGGAUCAAACCUAAAGGUCUCUUGACGUUUGAAAAUGGCGAUGUAAAUCUUGUCGCUACGCAGGUGAGGCUCAAAAGAGACCAUCUUAAUAUAGCGAAAUUUGAGCCCGACCAUGGCCUUGAUCCGACGUUAGAUUUAGCUCUCGUAGGAUCGGAGUGGCAAUUCCGCAUCCAAAGUCGAGCUAGCAAAUGGCAGGAGAAAUUGGUGGUUACGUCUACACGUUCAGUCGAACAAGACGUCCUUUCCACGACUGAGGCUGCUCGAGUCUUCGAGAGUCAACUAGCCGAAUCAAUAUUGGAAAACGAUGGCCAGCUCGCAUUCAAGAAGCUUGCCACUGCCACGCUCGAGACAUUGAUGCCGAGGAUUGAAGGGAAGGGGGAAUUCGGACAGGCUAGAUGGAGGUUAGUCUAUGCUCCACAAAUCCCGAGCUUGCUCUCCGUAGAUCCAACCGUCGAUCCUCUCAAAUCUCUUGCGAGUAACAUAUCGUUCGGGACAGAAGUCGAAGUGCAGCUGGGGAAGCGUCUUCAGGCAUCGGUUGUAAGGCAGAUGAAGGAUUCGGAAAUGGCGAUGCAAUGGACAUUAAUCUACAAGCUGACGAGCCGUCUCCGGGUUCUCCUACAGUCGGCUCCAUCGAAACGUCUCUUGUUCGAGUAUUCUACCACUUCACAAGACUAGAAUCUUUUGAAGUCCCUUCACCAACUGUAAAAAAAAUAUCAACACAUUCACACAGUAUGGUUUAGUAUUGUUCUUAGGCAUGCCUGGCUGGGAUGAAUAGGUCAUUCAAUUCUUGUACAUAAAAAUUUAAUUAAUUUUGAUCCAUUGAGGAAAAACCAGUUUGUUUAAA